UUAUUUCGAGAGAAAAAAAAGAAAUGUUUCCCAUUCCACAAAAUUACUCCUCUGGGUGCCUGCAAGUGUUCAAAUAAGGAAAGUAAAAGUCAUAUUUUCCAUUUAAGCGCAAACGCCCGAGAUCCUGUGCUACUGGAAUUUCAGCACAAACACGGACAGGAACUUCGCUUAAAACUUUAAGAAAGGCGCUUCUUUCUGUUAGUAUCGCGAGAUUAGUUUGUAACUUGGCUGCGGCUGCCUUCCCGGAAACAAAAGCCGUAGCGUAGCCAGUACAAAGCUAAAAAUUAAACAUCAAUAUUUAUAAGAAUAGUAAAUGUAAUUUAAAACAGCUAGUUAUCCGACAUCACGUCAGAUGCGUAUCGAGUAUUUAAUUUAUUGUUUAUUUCUUUAGAAUAGUUAGAGCAUUUUUUUCAUAGAUGCUAAUCGUGUUAGCUAGGUAAAAAAGCAAGAUCUUAGUCAGUUUCUGUUUUCCUCAGAGAGAAAAAUGUUUGCGGAGCACAAGCCAAGCUGGAUACUAACUGGAACUGUGGUCGCAUUUAUCAUGGCUCUGUAUGUGCCCGGCGUACAGAGAACUGUCCCCGGCGGAGAUUCAGGAGAGCUGAUCACCACCGCAUGUGAGCUAGGGGUGGCUCAUCCCCCAGGAUACCCAAUCUUCACCCUUUUAGCUCACCUGGGUGUGAGGCUUCUGCCUCUGUCUCCCGCUCACAGUGUCAACCUGAUGAACAGCCUUCUGGGAGCUGCAGCUAGUGGUUUCCUCUGCUUAACUGUGUGCAGGUUGGUGGGCCCGGGCCCUGGAGCCGUCCUGGCUGGAGGCCUGUUUGCUGUGUCCAAACUCAGCUGGCAGUGGUCUAUGGUGGCGGAGGUUUUUACCCUCAACAACCUUUUCGUUGGCCUUCUCUUCUACUUGACUGUCAGCUUCCACUGUGCCCAAACCCCCAGGCAGAGAUGGAAGACUGCACAGUGGGGAGCACUUUGCUGUGGCUUGGGGCUUUGUAACCAGCACACCUUGGUGCUGUACGUGUUGGGUAUAAUUCCUUGGGUCAUUUACCGACUCCACUCUCUUAAGGAGCUGUCUUUGAAUGGUCUCGUGUAUUUGGGGUUGUGUUUUCUUGCUGGCUUUUUGCCGUACAUCUACCUGCCAAUAUCGUCUUACCUCAACACGGCCCGCUGGAGCUGGGGGGACCAGACCACCAUGUCCGGUCUGCUGACCCACCUGCUCAGAACUGAGUAUGGCACCUUCAGUCUGGCAAAGACAGAGAGUUCAGUGAACCUGAGAACAUUGCUAAAGGCCCAGCUGGACCACUGCAUGGCAGAUCUUUCACCUUCUGUUGUGGCGCUGGCAGCAGUAGGCCUUUUACUCUCAUCGUGGGACAGAGCGUGUCGCCCCAUAUCGUGGCUCCUGGCUGCCAUGCUGCUGAUCUACUCCUUGUUUUUUGCAUGGAGAGCCAACCUAGACAUCAGCAGACCUUUACUGCUCGGAGUGGUCGAGCGUUUUUGGCUGCAGAGCAACGCUGCAGUGUGCGUGCUGGCGGGGAUCGGCCUGAGCCGGGCGCAAACUGUGCUGCAGAGGAGGGUGGGAUACGAGAGGCUGUGGAGAACCGUAAGCUGGGGGUUCUCUCUUACCUUGCUUGUGCAAAUGGUGCACAACAAUCAAGGAGAGUGCGACCAGAGAAAUAACACAGUGAUCGAGCGCUUCGGCAGAGAGCUUCUGGCUUCUGUACCAAAGGACUCACUCAUCCUGACCAGAGGAGACCUGCCAGGGAACUCCAUGCGUUAUUUACACUACUGUGAGGGUGUGAGGCCAGAUGUUCGCCUCGUUGACCAGGAGAUGAUGACAUAUCCGUGGUAUGUGGCCAAGCUGUCGGCGCACCUCCCUGGGGUCCACUUUCCUGGCCACUGGUGGGAUCCAGUCCAGCAUGAGGACAAAAACACCUUCAGUCUUGAGCAAUUUUUGUCCCACAACACAAAGAGGGACGUGUUUGCCUGCAUAGGCCUGCCUGAUGGAGACUUGACCUGGGAACACAGUUUCGCCCGUUGGCCCUUUGGGGUGUGUGACUACUUGGUGCCAGUUCACAGAGCGUUUCACCCAGAGCAGUGGGCUCAGCGCACUCGUACUAUCUACAAAUGGAGGGAACCACACAACAGUUUCCAUCCUGCAUCUUGGGAGCGUGUCGCUAAUGAGGAGAUGUGGCAAGCCAGGAUGAAAACAGCUUUCUUUCUGUUUGACCUGGCAGAAAGUAUGGAGGGAGAAGCCAGGGCUCGCCUCUUUGAGUUAUCGUACACUCUGUACAGAGAGAUUGUGGAUGUCCACUCGAGCUACCCUCCAAACUGGGACAAGAACCUGGCACUGGCGUGCGAGAGGCUGCUCCGCUCAGGUCAGCAGGGCCACAGUCCAGACAGCCUGCUGACCUGCAGCGCCCAGCACUUUAGUCUCUACUUAGAGAAGGAGCCCACUGAUCCACAGGCGCCAGCCAUACGCUCAGCCAUCACUCACCUACUUAAAGAGAAAGAGAGGCUCCGCCAAACCCGCACCAACACCCGAUGAAAAGGUUGAAGAAAACCUGAAUGGAGCUGGAACUAACCAGCACACAACCUCAUAUGAGCGGUUAGGGAUUCACCUAAAUCUCAUAAGCUUUGUUUUUUUGUUGUUGGAAGAUGGUUCUCCAGAGGGAUUCAGCCUUUUGUUUUAUGGCUCCUCUAAAAAAGAAAGUGAACUUUUUUGGAAGGGAAAGCCGGCCUUCUAACUGAACUCAAACAUCAGACCAAAACUGUGCCAAACCUCUUUUGAUAAAAACUGACCAUGCUUGACUUCAAGGAGUCCUAUGACCUCAAUCAAGCCCCGUCUGCUCCUCAUAAACUCAACCAUUCAAACACUUUAUCUUCAGAUCUCGUUCUUUUUUCUUUUUUUUUUUCCUUCUCGUCCUCUGCUCUCAGAGCUUUAAUGUGCUGAUUAUUUUGCCUUGGCCUCUGCUCUGCCUGUUUUUCUCACACAGGGAUGGAAAGACUGAGAUUGAGGGAAACCCAAUUCAGAGGCAGAAAUGGGGGAUUAGAGCGGCUGUUUAAUCUAGGACAGACUUGCGCUGUGCCAAGUAGUUCUCACUACACAUUACCAGUGCUGCACUCCCAUCCCUCUAUCCCUCCAUCAGUGGUGCGUUUAAAUGUUUAAAACUAAUGGACGCGAUAAGUGUUUUUUUUCUUCAUCUCUGACUUCCUAACGGGAGGGCUGUAAUCCCUCACAGAUUUAAAUUAAACGUAAAUGUCACAAUGCCAGGGACCCUUUUAGAGGUGUGUUUGUCUGUGUGUUGUUUGGAUUUUUUUGUGGACAAAUGGCUAAAUCUCCACCAAAGCUUUUUCCCCUUCCACAGUGGCAUAUAAACGCAUUUGAUAACCAGAUUGGCAAAAUAAGGCAAACAGAUGCUUCAUGGAUGCAUGUAGAUGCAGAAAUCAAGGCUAAACUUUUAGGAAAAUAAGCCUUAAAAGUCUUAUGUGACUACAGUUUUCCAAGGAUCUGAAAUACCCGAUUUUUGUUUUUAUUUUUUUCUUGUCCCUAAGACUGAGUCACAAGUUUUAAAAACAUGUCUUAAAACUGCUGAGUAAGACAGAAUCUUCUUGAAGUUUAACAUGCCUUUCCUGUUAGCAGGCACAGUCACCAAGAUGACUUCAAGUUUUAUAACAACUGAUGUGUACAUCAUUUGAGUUUAUAAUAAAUAUGUUUUUAGAAAGUU